GGCAGAGAGACGGUGGCGGAGCAGCGGGGAGGUUUGGACGGGGAACAAUAGAGAGGAACACCGCCAGCCUUCAGGCUCCAAACACGGACGAGGCGACCAAAAGCGAGGCCGGGAGCGGGAUGGGGGCCACCUAAAGCGGGGACCGGGACAUGCGUGGAUCUUUACCUUCCUGUCUCUCUUUGUCUUUCCGAUCCGUCGUCGGGAUUGUGUGGAACCGGAAUCCGGCAUGAACCCCGCAGAAGCGGCCGAGGAGGCGCCCAGCGACCCCGACACUGAUGUCUUCUACAAAGCAGGCUGUAUGAGGACUGAAGGCAUCAAGGCGUCUGAUGUUCUCCCCGUCUUGAAGGAGAAAGUGGCUUUUGUGUCGGGUGGGCGGGACAAACGAGGCGGCCCCAUCCUGACGUUCCCCGCAAGAAGCAACCACGACCGAAUAAAGCAGGAGGACCUGAGGAGGCUGGUCACGUACCUGUCUGCUGUUCCCAGUGAAGAUGUGUGCAAAAGAGGCUUCACCGUCAUCAUCGACAUGCGGGGCUCCAAGUGGGAGUUAAUCAAGCCUCUCCUGAAGACCCUGCAGGAGUUCUUCCCAGCGGAUAUCUGCGUGGCGCUCAUCAUUAAACCCGACAACUUCUGGCAGAAGCAGAAGACCAACUUUGGCAGCGCCAAGUUCUCCUUCGAGACCAGCAUGGUGUCAGUGGAAGGUCUGGCCAAGCUGGUGGACCCCUCCCAGCUGACGGAUGACUUUGAAGGCUCCCUGGACUACAACCACGAGGAGUGGAUGGACCUGAGAGUCUCCCUGGAGGAGUUCAUGUGCAACGCUGUCCACCUACUGUCCAGACUGGAGGACCUGCAGGAGCUUUUGUCCAAGAAAGAUUUUCCUUCUGAUGUUGAAGGUUCUCGUCGGCUGAUUGAAGAACACACACAACUGAAGAAAAAGGUGCUGAAGGCUCCAGUAGAAGACCUGGACCGGGAAGGCCAACGCUUGUUGCAGUGCAUACGAUGCAGCGAUGGUUUCUCGGGGAGGAGCUCCAUCUCCGGCUCUGCUGACUUCCAGAGCCUGGUCCCCAAGGUGGCCAGUCUGCUGGACAAGCUCCACUCCACCAGGCAACAUCUCCACCAGAUGUGGCACGUCAGGAAGCUCAAGCUGGACCAGUGUUUCCAGCUGCGCCUCUUUGAGCAGGACGCAGAGAAGAUGUUCGACUGGAUCAACCACAACAAGGAGCUGUUCCUGCAGAGCCACACCGAGAUUGGCCGUGCAUACCAGCACGCCGCCGAGCUGCAGACGCAACACAACCACUUCGCCAUGAACUCCAUGAACGCUUACGUCAACAUCAGCAGGAUAAUGUCGGUGGCCGCUCGCCUGGCGGAGGCGGGCCACUACGCCUCCACGCAGAUCAAACAGAUCUCAGGUCAGCUGGACCAGGACUGGAAGAGCUUCGCCGCCGCUCUGGACGAGCGCUCCACCAUCCUCGCCAUGUCGUCCGUUUUCCACCAGAAAGCGGAGCAGUUCUUGUCGGAGGUGGAGGCCUGGUGCAAGGUCUGCAGUGAGGGGGGGCUGCCGUCCGAGAUGCAGGAGCUGGAGCUGGCCAUCCACCGCCACCAGAGCCUCUACGAGCAGGUCACCCAGGCCUACACUGAGGUGAGUCAGGAUGGAAAAGCCCUCCUGGACGUCCUGCAAAGACCUCUCAGUCCCAGCAACUCAGAGUCCCUGACGGCCACCGCCAAUUACUCCAAAGCAGUCCACUGUAUCCUGGAUGUGGUUCAUGAAGUACUCCACCAUCAGCGUCGUCUGGAGAACAUUUGGCAACACCGAAAGGUCCGACUGCACCAGCGGCUGCAGCUGUGUGUCUUCCAGCAGGACGUCCAGCAGGUGAUGGACUGGAUCGAGAACCACGGCGAGGCGUUCCUCAGCAAGCACACGGGUGUGGGAAAGUCUCUUCACCGAGCUCGAGCCCUGCAGAAACGACACGACGACUUUGAGGACGUUGCUCAGAACACGUACACAAACGCAGACAAGCUCCUGGAGGCGGCCGAGCAACUGGCCCAGACAGGCGAGUGCGACCCGGAGGAGAUCUACAAGGCGGCGCGGCACCUCGAGGUCCGGAUUCAGGACUUUGUGCGGCGAGUUGAGCACAGGAAGCUGCUGCUGGACAUGUCGGUGUCCUUCCAUACGCACACCAAAGAGCUGUGGUCGUGGAUGGAGGAGCUCCAGAAGCAGCUGCUGGACGACGUGACCUGUGACUCGGUGGACUCGGUGCAGACACUCAUCCAGCAGUUUCAGCAGCAGCAGACGGCCACGCUGGAGGCCACGCUCAAUGUCAUCAAGGAGGGGGAGGAGCUCAUUCAGCAGCUCAGGGACGCCGCCAUCUCCACAAAUAAGACGCCGCACUGCAGUUCCAUCGCUCACAUCCAGGGGGUGCUACAGCAGCUGGACGAGGCUCAGGGACAGAUGGAGGAGCUAUUCCACGAGCGCAAGAUCAAACUGGACAUCUUCCUCCAGCUACGCAUCUUUGAGCAGUACACCAUCGAGGUGACAGCCGAGUUGGACGCGUGGAACGAGGACCUGUCUCGCCAGCAGAGCGACGCAGGGUGCUCGAGCAGCAGCGGUGGCAGCAGUGGCAGCAGCGGCGGAAGCGGAGGCAGCGCCCCCUCUGGCGGGGCGGAGGACAUCGGCCUGGCGGAGCAGAGGCUGAAGAGGCAUGCCGAGAGGAAGGCGGCCAUGAACAACAUGACCUACGAAGUCAUGCAGCAAGGACAAGACCUGCACCAGUACAUCAUGGAGGUCCAAGCCUCAGGCAUCGAACUGACAGGGGAGAAGGACAUGGACUUGGCCUCUCAGGUCCAGGAGCUGCUGGAGUUCCUGCACGAGAAGCAGCAGGAAGUGGAGCUGAGCGCUCAGCACACGCAUGCUCGACUGGAGCAGAGUCUGCAGCUGCGCCACCUGCAGGCCGAAGUCAAACAGGUUCUCGGGUGGAUCCGUAACGGCGAGUCCAUGCUGAACGCCAGCAUGGUGAACGCCAGCUCGCUGUCUGAGGCCGAGCAGCUGCAGAGAGAACACGAGCAGUUCCAGAUGGCCAUAGAGUCUCUCUUCCAUGCCAACUCGCUCCAGAAAACCCAUCAGAGUGCUCUUCAGGUCCAGCAGAAGGCUGAGAUGAUGCUUCAGGCGGGCCACUACGACCCGGAUGCAAUACGCAGCUGUGCCGAGAAGGUGGCGGUCCACUGGCAGCAGCUGAUGCUGAAGAUGGAGGACCGCCUCAAGCUGGUCAACGCCUCGGUGGCCUUCUACAAGACGUCGGAACAGGUAUGCAGCGUGCUGGAGAGCCUGGAGCAGGAGUACCGCCGGGACGAGGACUGGUGCGGCAUUCAGGAGAAAGUGGGAGCGCCGGCCGAGUGCGAGCACCUCCUGCCGCUCAUCAGCAAACACCUGGAGCAGAAAGAAGCCUUCCUCAAGGCGUGCACGCUGGCCCGCCGGAACGCCGAGGUCUUCCUCAAGUACAUCCACAGGAACAACAUGAGCACGCCGGGAGCCACCAGUCACACCAGAGGGCCCGAGCAACAGGUCAAAGCAAUUCUCAAUGAACUGCUACAGAGGGAGAACCGAGUCCUCCACUUCUGGACUUUGAAGAAGAGAAGACUGGAUCAUUGUCAGCAGUACCUUGUCUUUGAACGCAGCGCCAAGCAGGCUCUAGACUGGAUCCAGGAGACAGGUGAGAUCUACCUGGCCACGCACACCUCGCCUGGCGACAGCAGCAAGGAAACGCAGCAACUGCUUAAUGAACACCAUCACUUUCGACUCACUGCCAAGCAAACCAAGGAGAAGGUGAAGCUCCUCAUCCAGCUGGCCGACAACCUGGUGGAGAAAGGCCACGCCCAUGUGUCGGAGCUGAAGCGCUGGGUGAGCACGGUGGACCGACGCUACCGAGACUUCUCCCUGCGCAUGGCCAAGUACCAGGAGAGCCUGGAGAGGAACCUCGGCGUCUCCUCCGAGGACAACAAGGACUUGGAGCUGGAUAUUAUUCCCGCCAGCCUGACGGAUGACCCCGAGGUCAAACUACGUGACCCCAGCCACGAGGUCAACGAAGAGAAGAGGAAGUCUGCGCGCAAGAAAGAGUUCAUCAUGGCCGAGCUCCUGCAGACAGAAAAGACGUACGUAAGAGACCUCCAAGAAUGUCUGGAGACCUACCUGUGGGAGAUGAGCAGGGGCGGAGAUGAGAUUCCGCCCGCCAUCGCCAACAAGGAGCACAUCAUCUUUGGCAACAUGCAAGAGAUCUACGAUUUCCACAGCAACAUUUUCCUGAAGGAGCUGGUCAACUACGAGCAGCUGCCAGAGGACGUUGGACACUGCUUUGUCACCUGGGCGGACAAGUUCCACAUCUACGUGGAUUACUGCAAGAACAAACCAGACUCCAGUCAGCUCAUCCUGGAACACGCCGGAACCUUCUUUGACGACAUCCAGCAGCGCCGAGGACUAGCUAACUCCAUCUCAUCUUACCUCAUCAAGCCGGUGCAGAGGAUCACAAAGUACCAGCUACUGCUGAAGGAGUUGCUGUCGUGCUGCGAGGAGGGCAAAGGGGAGAUCAAAGACGGUCUGGAGGUCAUGCUUAGCGUCCCGAAGCGAGCCAACGACGCCAUGCACCUUGCCAUGUUGGAAGGUUUCGAAGACAACUUGGAGGUUCAGGGAGAGCUCAUCCUGCAGGACAGUUUCCAGGUCUGGGACCCGCGCGCCCUCAUCCGAAAGGGGCGGGACCGACACCUCUUCCUGUUUGAGCUCUCGCUGGUCUUCAGCAAGGAGUUCAAGGACUCGUCGGGCAGAACCAAGUACCAGUACAAGCAGAGACUACUGACGUCAGAGUUGGGGGUGACGGAGCACAUAGAAGGCGACCCGUGCAAAUUUGCUCUGUGGGCUGGAAGGACGCCCUCGUCUGACAACAAAACGGUGCUGAAGGCGUCCAGUGUGGAGGCCAAACAGGAGUGGAUCAAGAACAUCAGGGAGGUGAUCCAGGAGAGGAUGACCCACCUGAAGGGGGCGCUGAAGGAGCCUGUUCAGCUGCCAAAAACACCAGCGCUCACCAAGCCUAGGAAUAACGCCAAAAGGGAUGGAGGUGAAGAUGGAGACAGCCAAGGAGACGGCGCCAGCCAGCCGGACACCGUCUCCAUCGCGUCCAGAACCUCGCAGAACACGGUGGACAGCGACAAGCUCUCUGGUGGUUGCGAGUUGACCGUGGUCCUGCAGGACUUCACAGCGGGAUGCAGCAGCGAGAUUUCAGUAAGCACCGGCCAGACAGUAGAGCUGCUGGAGAGGCCUAGCGAGCGGCCCGGCUGGUGUCUGGUCCGGACCACCGAGCGCAGCCCACCACAGGAGGGUCUGGUGCCGAGCUCAGCACUGUGCGUGUCGCACUCGCGCUCCAGUGUGGAGAUGGACUGCUUCUUCAGCUCGGGGAAAGAAAACUAUCCCGUCAGCGGCACAGAUGGAAGGAGCGAGUCGGUGGCCAACCUCCAGCCACAGCCGUCCCUCAACUCGCUGCAGUCCAACUCGCCCGGACCCAAGCGCUCCGGAAACACGCUGAGGAAAUGGCUGACUAGUCCCGUCCGCCGCCUCAGCCACGGCAGCUCGGUGAAGAAGCUCCCCAACAACAAACACAAGAAGACAGGUCCAGGGUCGGGACAAGAGGACAGCAGGAAGGGACAAGCCGACCCCAACCUGCAGGAUGACAUCAUUGAUGAGCGCAAGGACGCCAACCUCCUCUCCAAGACGCCGUCUGGCAUGCAGAGCGGCGGCGAGGAGGAACAGGACGAGGAGGCCCACACCCCCCUGCCUCCUCCCAUGGAGAUCAUCAAGGACCCCUCGGCUCAGGACGACAAGACCUUAGAACCAGGAGCCUACCCAGGAUUCACCCCGCUGUCGCCACCAGAACAAAGCACUCCUAUCCAGCCCCGGAACCCUGAGCUGGAGCAGAGAGCCAAAGCCAUGAGGGGGCGCAUGUUUGUUCUGAAUGAGCUGAUCCAGACAGAGAAGGACUACGUUAAAGACUUGGGCAUCGUGGUUGAGGGUUUCAUGAAGAGCAUUGAGGAGAAGGGCGUCCCCGAUGACAUGAAAGGAAAGGAGAAGAUUGUCUUUGGGAACAUCCACCAGAUCUACGACUGGCACCGAGAUUUCUUCGUGGGAGAGCUGGAGAAAUGUCUGGACGACCAUGAGCAUCUGCCUGAACUCUUCAUCAAACACGAGAGAAGACUGCACAUGUAUGUGAUCUACUGCCAGAAUAAACCCAAGUCUGAGUUCAUUGUAGCAGAAUAUGAUACGUAUUUCGAUGGUGUCCAGCAGGACAUCCAGUCCCGAUUGACCAUCAGCGACUUCCUCAUCAAGCCAAUCCAAAGAAUCACCAAAUACCAGCUACUGCUGAAGGAUUUCCUCAAGUACAGCUCCAAAGCCGGAAUGGACUGUCAACAAAUUGAGAAAGCGGUGGAUCUGAUGUCUCAGGUUCCUAAACUGUGUAACGACAUGAUGAAUUUAGGUCGGCUACAAGGCUACGAGGGUAAACUGACCAGUCAGGGCAAACUGCUGCAGCAGGAGACGUUCUUCGUGACCGAGCAAGACGCCGGCGUCUUGUCGCGCUCGAAAGAACGCAGGGUUUUCCUCUUCGAGCAGAUUGUCAUCUUCAGCGAGCUGCUCCGGAAAGGCUCGUCCACGCCCGGAUACCAGUUCAAGAAGAGCAUCAAGGUGUCCUACCUGGGGCUGGAGGAGAGCGUGGACAACGACCCGUGUAAGUUCAUCUUGUCGUGUCGCGGCUCGUCGGAGCGUUUCACCCUGCAGGCCGCCAACGUGGACAUCAAGCAGAUCUGGAUCGGACACAUUCAGGACCUACUGGAUGCCCAAAGCAACUUCCUGUCAGCACUGCAGUCUCCCAUUGAGUACCAGAGGGAGCGGGGCGGGGCGAGCGUCUCGCUGACCAGAAAGCGCUCGACCGCCAGCAACCGCUCAGCCGCGUCCUCCCACAGUCGGCCGUCGUCGGUGGUCGGCCCGGGCGAGAAGGAGGGCGAGAAGGGGCGGGGCCAGAUGACCACAUCCACCUCCAAUGGCGGCACGUCGUGCUUUGACUCCAGGGAGAGCGACGGCGGCUGCAACGGCGUCUCGUCCAGCAUGCGCGUCACUCGGGACUACUCGGCACUGAAGGAGAACGAGAUCUGCGUGAGCCAGGGUGAGACGGUGCAGGUCCUGGCCGCCAACCAGCAGAACAUGUACCUGGUCUACCGGCCCGCCGACAGCCGGUCGCCCGCCGCCGAGGGCUGGGUGCCGGGUCACGUCCUGGGCCCGCCCCCAAAGCCUUUAAAAGACUCCUCCUCCGCCACGUCCUUCUCGGCGGCGGUGGCCGACGCCAGCAGCAUCAAGUAAGUCCCGCCGGUCGCGGCACUCGGACCCGCCUCAUCAAGCUCCGCCCCGUGCCGGACCUCCCUUGCAGGAGGCGUGUCUCUGGUCAUGAAACUGUCACGGGGGUGUCAGCCAUGUUGUUUUCUGAGCCUUGAGGUGUGCAGAAGUAGACUGCAUAGAAUCCUCUAGAAUGUGGAGCUAUAAAACCGGACUUAUUUCAGUUCUAACACUUUGCUUUUUCUUGACUUUUUUUGUUUUUGUUUUUGUUUUCUGUUCCUGUUGGAAAGAAAAAGCAGGCCUGCUUCUCCGCUGUGGAGAUUGUUGUUGUUGUCUGUGGCAAUCAUCCUUCUUUUUGUUCUCUCUCGUCGGCUUCUGGAUCCUUUUGAUUGGACGAUGUUGAUUUUUCUUGUUUAUGUUAGCAGUUCACUGUACAAAAGUGGAGAAAAGAAGCUCCUUUUGCACUAUUUUAAAGACAAAGUCAAGCUGUGCAAUAUUACCUUUUUGUUAGAGCCUCAUUUCACGUGGAUUUUAAAUAUGGACGAUCAUUUGUUUGUUUGGGGCGGGGGGGCGGGGGGGGGGGCAGCAUGUGGUAGCGACGCAACGGGCAAAGUUUCUUUAUUUCCGCGACACUUUGUAGUUUUUAACAACUUGUAAAUAAACUACAAGAGCAAACACAACUUCAAUCUUGGCUCUUUUUCACAUUUUAUUGUGGGGGGGGUUCCGAAUAUUUCAACUUUCUCCUUCAGUAAUCUUUGCACAUUUUCUUCUGGUAUUAUGAUAACUUUAUUUCUAGAAUAUUUGGACUUUAUUCCUGUAAUAUUAUAAAGUUUCCCCAACCUAAUCUUGUUUGUUAAUAUUUCAACUCUGUGCCACUAAAAUUACAUUAUUUUUCCUCAUAAUAUUACAAGCUAAUUCUCACAAAAUUUCAGCUUUUUGGGCGGGGGGGUUCCCCCCAUUUUUACUGUUUUUUUUUUUUUUGUUUUAAAUUUAUUUCUCUGUCAUAUUAUGACUUUAAAAAAAUAGGUUUUGGUUUUAAUAUUUCAACUCUAUGCUACUACAAUGACAUUUUUCCUCAUAGUCCAAGUUUAAUUUAUUUUCUCAUUUGAUUACUUUUUUUCUCAUAAUAUUACAUAAUAUUAUGACUUUAUUCCCAUAUUCCAAAUUUCCCCCAACCUAAUUUUCCAAAAAUUACAACUUAUGACUUCUCAUAUUAGGACUUUAAAAAAAUACAGAUUUUUGUUUUAAUAUUUCAGCUCUGUGCUGCAAAAAUGACAUUUCAUAAAAUUUCAGCUUUUUUUGUUGUUUUUUUGUUUUCCUAUUUUGACUUUUCUGAAUGUUUAAACUUUCUUCUUUAAUAAUCUUUGUAAUUUCAUUUCUAUACUUUUUUGGCCUUUAUUCCCAUAAUAUUAUACCAUUUUCCCAACCAAAUUUUCCAAGACUUUUAACUUGACUUUGUCUUGUUUUUUUUUCUCAUAAUAUUACCAGUUUAUUGUCUUAAAUGUACUUUUUUGUCAUAUUUUUAGUUUUAUAUUUUCCCCAUUUUUGCUGCUUUUUAAAUGUUCUCAUAAUAUUAUCAUAAUAAAAUCCAAUUUUUGUUUUAAUAUUUCAACUCUAUGCUGCUAAAAUGACAUGAUUUUUCCUCAUUUUACAAGUUUCUUCUUAAAAUUUUUUUUUUUUCCUCAUUUGAUGACCUUUUUUUGGUAAUACAGUCAAACCUGUCUUAGCGGCCACCUUUAUAGAACGGCCACCUGCCUAUAUCGGCCACUGAAAAAUCCCCCGCUGAAAAUUUACGUGUUUAUAGACCCUGUGUAUAGCGGUCACCUGUCUAACGCGGCCAGAGGCCACCCAUUUUGUAUCCCUUGGUCAAUAUCUGACCACAUAUAGCGACCAAAAUACCGACUCAAGCAGAAGCUUCAUGCACGAAAAAGUUUCGUUUUUUAAGCAAUGAAGCCGUCGUGUGUAGACUUUAAUUACUGAGUCCUAGUUCGACAUAAAAAAGCCGUCUUCUUACUUUGCAAUGCCGCCCUGAAAAGAUUCAGUGACGGCCAAAACGGUAAUCUUCACACUUUGCAAUGCCGUGAAUAGAUUCUAAAAUGGCCAAAACACCUGAAUAAAACAUCUAAAAUAUCACUUAAUUGCCGACUAAUUAGAGAUUAGAAGCUCAACCAAUAAGAAAGGAGCGAUGGUAUUGUUACGAUGAUCUUCGCACUUCUCUGCACUCAAUUGUUCACGCACACACCCAUUCAUGACUGCUUCACACGUAUCCUGUUAGAUCCCAUUCCUCAGGCUCGUUCACUAAAAUUUGUAUUUCAUGCUUUUAAAAUCGUGUUUUAAAAAAAAAAAUCAAACACGGAAAUUAAUUAAAAAAAAUAUUUAUCCGCUACUCAUAUUUUUAUAAUUUUAUUACCUUCUUUGAUUCAAUUUUUAAACACUAAAUUUUAAAUUUUUGUGAACAUGUUAAUAUGUGCACGCACAAAUUCAACAUGGCCGCCAACCUGUCUAUAGCGGCUACUUUUGCCGUUUCCCUUCAGCGGCCGCUAUAGACAGGUUUGACUGUAUUAUGACGUUAUUCCCAUUAAUAUAUUGACUUUAUUCCCAUAAUAUUCUAAUAUUAGAACUUUAUUUUGCUUGUUUGUUUCUCAUAAUAUUACGACUUUUAAAAACAUAUUUUUUGCUUUAAUAUUUACAACUCUGUGCGACUAUAAUGACAAUACCAGUUUAUUGUUGUGAAAUUUCUACUUUUGUUUCCUCAUUUGAAUGACUUUUUUUUCUAUUAAUAUUUGGACUCUAUAGCCAUAAUGUAACUUUUCGACAACCUAAUUUUCCAAAAAAUGUUACUUUAUUUUGUCUUGCUUUGUUUCUUAUAAUAUUAUAUAAUAUAUUUUUUUUUGGAACAUGUUUUUGUUGGAAUAUUUCAACUCUGUGCUGCUAAAAUAUAUUGUCUUUAUUCUUAUUCUAUUGGUUGUAUUUGACAAUGACGUCUUUUUUUUUUUUUUUUUUUUUUAAUCUUCCAAAUAUUCCAAGUUUCUUUUUCAAUAAUCUUUGGGGGGGAGGGCAGCCUGUUGUAGCAACUCGACGUGACGGGCAAAGUUUGUUCUGCCUUAACAGUUUGUAACGAGACUAUGAGAGUCUUAUUUUUUGAUUUUGUUUAUUUCCACCUAAAACAUUUGACAUGACACACUGACUGCAAAACACACCUUUUUAUAUUGAAUUCAUUUCUCUUUUGUUGCCGUUGUGAUUUAUUUUUUUAUCUAUUUUACCCAUAAGUUGUACUAACAUGAACGGUUUGAACCUCCACACAUGUUUAAUCAACAAGCAGCUUUUUCUAGGACGAAAAAGUACCUCCAAACUUUCUAUGAGAAAGUGUGUGACGAUAUGAAUAUACUGUGUCUCCAAACUUGUGUCAGAAGUUCAAAGUUUAGAUCAGGGGUGUCCAAAGGUUUUUCCCAGCGAGAGCCGCAUAUUUUGUAAGACGUGACUGCAAGGGUGUCCAAACUUUUUCCAGCAAGGGCCACAUCCUGAAAAAUGAAAGGAUGCAAGGGCCACUUUGAUAUUCAGUAAACCAACACAUGGAGCUAUGCUAAGAGGCUACAGUAUAUGUAGCUCAACAAAAAACUGCAUUUCACCUUUGUAAUGGAGGUGAAAUGCGACUAAAAAUGACCUUUUUCCAUAAUAACACCAGUUUAUUCUUGUAAAAUAUUUUGACUUUAUUCCCGUAAAAUUACAGCGUUGUUGUCCAUUUUGGCUGAUUUUAAAAAUUUUCCAACUGUUUCAUUUCAGCUGUCCUCUUGUAAAUUUUCUUCUCGCAACUAUAACUUUAUAUCUUUUUAAAAAAUAAUUUAUUUUUUCUUUAUUUCAACAUUUAUUGAAAUUAUAUUUUUCCUCAUUUUACAAGUUUAUUCUCAUAUUUUUUUAAAAUUCGAAAUUGAUUUUUUUCAUCGUAAUAUUUUGACUUUAUCCUGGUAAAAUUUCUGCUGUAGAUUUUCUUUUUUUUAAUAUAUAAUUUUCCAAAUAUUUCAACUUCUUUUCUCCUGAUAUUUUGACUUUAUUCCCAUGUAAUACAUUUUCCCCCAAUCUAAGUUUCCAAAAAUUGAAACUUUAUUGUUUUUGACUUAAAAAAAUAAAAUAUUUCAACUUCAUGCUGCUAAAAUGACAUUUUCCUCAUACAGCACUAUGACUUUAUUCUUGUGAAAUUAUGACUUUUUUUCCUUGCUAGAUUCCAGCUCUUCUCUUAAUAUUUUGACUUUUGAUUGAUUUUUGCUCCUGCUGUUUUUUUGUUUUUUUUUCAAGUUUUCUUGUUAAAUUACAUUUUUAGACUGCGGCGGCCGAUUAAAAUCACUGCCGCAGGCCGCAAAUGCCCCCCGGGCCGUACUUUGGACACCCCUGCGUUACAGCAUAUCCUGUAUUUUUCAAGAAAAAAAGUGCAUCCCAGCAUGGCGCAUGUUGGAGCCACCGCAGAUGAAAACACGUGAUUGGAAAUGUCGUGAAACAUGUCUUUGUGCUGGAAAUGUCCGUCAUCUUGUGGGCUUAUGGGAAAGAAGAAAAAAGUUGACACUAUUCUCUCCUUCCUCAAUGAAAAACUUUAUUUGUGUCAACAACAACAAGGGAUUUUAUAUAUAUAUAUAUAUAUAUAUAUUUUUUUUAAACAUGUAUUUCCAUUUUUUUAAUUGAUUUUUGUCAGUUGUAAUAAUUGGUAGACACCUUUUUGUCUGCAAGUUUAUUUCCAGCUGUUUAGCAAAGCACGCUAACCAUGCUUAGCGUGCUUUCACUUGUUUGUAUGACAGCCACGCAGGAAAAAAAGCCAAAUUUACGAGAAUAAAGUUGUACAUUUUCAAGAAAAGAAGUUGUACAUUUUUAAUGAGGAAAAAAAAGUUGCACAUUCACAAGAAUAAAGUUGUAAAUUUACGAGAAAAAAGUAGCCAUUUUUUGACGAGAAAAAAUGUCGUACAUUUACGGCAAAAUGUUUGUAAAUUUAGGAGAAGAAAGAUUAUUCUCCUAAAUUUACGACUAAUUCAAAACUUUAUUCUCGUGAAUUUACAGUUUAUUCACAUAAAUUUACAACUUUAUUUUCAUAAAGUGACAUUUAUUCUCGGAAAUGUAAAACUUUAAUCCCGUAAUAUUACAACUUUUUCCCUGUUAAAUCUACCACUUUUUUUCUCAUAAAUUGACAAAUUUAUCCUCAUAAGAUUACGACUUGUUUGACUUUUUUUUGUGCAAAUUUACGACUGUAUUUUCGUAAAUUUAGGAAAUGUUUUCUCGUAAAUUUACAACGUUAUUCUCGUAGAUUUACAGCUUUAUUCUCGUAAAUUUGCGACUUUCUCAUAGAUUCCCAACUUUAUUCUCGUAAAUUUGCGACUUUUUUUCAUAAGUGUACAACUUUUAUCUCGUAAAUUCACAACUUUUUGCUAGAUUUUCUAGAUUUACAAUUUUAGUCUCUUAAUAUUAUGACUUUUUUUCUUGAAAUUCAUGACUUUAUUCUCAUCAAUUUUGGAGGUUUUUUUCCUCGUAAAUUCCGGAAUUUAUUCUCGUAGAGUUACAACUUUAUUCUCAUAAAUUUUCGACUUUGUUCUUGUAGAUUUACAUCUUUAUUCUCGUAAAUUUAUGACUUUAUUCUCAUCAGUUUCCGACUUUUUUUCAUGCAAAUUUACGACUUUAUUAUUGUAAAUGUUUGACAUUUUCUCAUAAAUUGACAGAUUUGUACUGCCACUUUACAACUUUUUUCUCAAAUGUACAACUUUAUUCUCGUCAAUUUACGACUUCAUUCUUGAUUCUAUUUUUCUCAAAUUGACAUUCAUUCUCGUAAAUUUACGUCUUUAUUCUCAUAGAUGAACAACUUUAUUCUUGUGAUAUUACGACUUUAUUCUUGUAAAUUUACGGCUUUGUUCUCGUAAAUUUACGAUUUUAUCCUCAAAAUCUCCUUUUUUUUCCCCAUGUGGCCCUAAUACUCUGCCAUACAACAUAAAUGAUCAUAAACAUAAAUAUGAUGCCUGAGCUGCUAUUUAAACAAAUAUUGUGCUAUGCUAUGCUAACUCGUAGGCAUGUAUUGUACUUUGGCUUAUUUUCAACGUAAAUGUUUCUUCUGCAGCCGGAAACGAGCGCUCAUGGCGUUUUCUGCAUCUCCUCCGUUGAUAUUUGUUGUUGGUGUAC